CUUCAGCAAGGAACAAUCAGAAGCUGGCUUCAGUUCUUUCAUCCGUGGCUAAAGUUUGGAUGACUUUUUUAUUCACACAAGAGAACAUCGAAGAUCAAACUAACUGAGAAGAAAACACACACAAUGACGAGCCAGAAAUUGGGAUUCCUCAGCAGUGUGCUGUGUAAAUGGCAUGCACAGGCCACUCUCAUUGGUAAAUAUCUGCUGCCGGUGUUGCUGCUCAUCAGAUUUGUGAUACUGGGUGCUGCAGUGCAGACAGUCUGGUUGAACGAUAAAGGGAAAUUUCAGUGCAACACUCAGCAGCCCGGCUGUGAGGUGACCUGUUUUGAUGCAGUCACACCUCUGUCUUUACCUCGUUUAUGGACGCUAGAGGAAACCCAGGUGCAGAGGGGGAAUGAUGAGGUCAAAGGUCACACUUUGUCGGUAUAUCGGGCCUGCGUGGCGUUUGUAAUUGUAGUAGAGGUUGGAUGUAGCGCGGCUCAGUGGCUCCUCUAUGGUUUCGAGUUAUCUACUGAUUUCAGCUGUGGGAGGUCUCCAUGUCCUAUGAGAGUAGACUGUUUCCUUCCCCAUGCAUGGGAGAAGACAGUAUUCCUUCGUAUUAUGUUCACAGUCUCCAGCGUGUCCAUCCUUCUGAAUGUAGUGGAGGCCGUUUGCAUGUUGAGAGCCAAGCUGAGGCGGACAGACGGUGGAGAAACCCUGCAGUCCGGUUCACAGGUUGAAGAGAGCGUCUUGAGUCGGCUGCUGGCCCUGUGGCACUCACAUGCUGGUUUCCUGGGUAAAACAGUCCUCCCAGUGUUGCAGCUGGUCCGAAUUGUUCUUGUCGGGGCCGCGGUGCAGCCAGUUUGGAGCAACGACUACUUUGUUUGUGACACUAAUCAGCCGGGCUGCAGUAGCGCUGCCUAUAAUGCUGUCUUCCCCUUCUCUGUGCAUCAGUACUGGACGCUACAGGUGGUUUUUGUUUUGGCUCCUGGUCUGAUUUACUUCUCCUACUUGGUGCACCUCCUGGUGACACAAAAACAGAGUGAAACAGGAACUGUGAUUAAACGUCAGAGCCUGUGGGCAUAUUUGGGCUUCUUGUCAGCUGUCGUCCUGCUGGAGCUGGGAUUUGCAGUGGGGCAGUGUUUGAAGUUUGGUCUAUUUCUGCCUCCAAUGUUCAAUGUAGCUGUGUCCCCAUGUCCACAUACAGUUGACUGUUUUCUCUCCCAACCAAAUGAGAAGUCAGUGUUCAUGUUCAUCAUGUUAGUUCUGGCCUGUCUGUCAGGCCUGCUGACCCUGGUGGAGAUGUGCACGGUGAUGAAGAUGGAGAAGCUCAAGAAAAAGUGCGAGGAGAACAGGAUUAAUAGCAUCCUGUGCUGUGAGAUGGUGUCAAACGACAAAGAAGAAGACGAUACUGAAAAGAAGUGGAAUGUCUCAGCGUGACACACUGACUUUCCUCAUGUGUGUUCAUGAGAUGAACACAAAUAUACAACUGAUAUGAUUCAUUUUUCUUUCUAAUCUUUUGUGUGAAACAGUAUUUAAACAAUUUAAAGCAUAUUUAGAACAACUCUUUUAUUUUGAAAAAUAAAUAUUUUUAACUCUCCCACCAAACAAUAAAAAUAGUCAU